GUUGUCACUGUCAAAUGAAUAUUUUUGUUGCCUUGGUUUGCCUUGUGUUUUUUUAAGCUGAGUGAAACCACAAACUUUAUAAAAUACGCACAAUCUAAAAUCUCUCGCUUGUUAACAUUUUAAACAAUUUGUAAUUCUAUGAACCUAUUUUGAUUUCAAUUACACGUGUUUUUUUGUUGUCAUUUAAAACUUUUGAUAAAAAGCAUUCUGUAAGAAAUAAAGUGCCUAAACGAAUACCAUAACAUUUACAACUGUUAUAACUAUUAUUGAUAAUUUUAAAUACAAUUAAAUCAUUCAAAAUGAAGAGUAAUUAUAUUUGUAUUAUAUUGUCGUUCAUAAGUGCAGUGUCAAUAGUUUACGCUUGCAACGAAGCCAUUUGCGCCAGUGUGGUAUCCAAGUGCAUGCUAACGCAAUCUUGUAAGUGUGACUUGAAGGAUUGUUCCUGCUGCAAAGACUGUUUCAACUGUCUCAGCUAUUUGUAUAGUGAAUGCUGCAGUUGCGUUGACAUGUGUCCCAAGCCAAACGACACACAGACAGAGCUAUCCAAGUCCUCCUAUGUUGAGGAGUUACCAGAUAAUGUUCCUGGAUUGUUUGCCGCAUUGACCAGCGACCCAGACCCUCAACAAAGAUGGCUCUCCAUCACAUAUCCUGUGGACAUUGACUUGUCUGUGUACCGACCAACACCUGAGAGACAAAUAGUUUACCAUUUACAGAGCGUGGAACAAGACUCGGAGCCGGUGAGCCGCGACAUAGUGACGUUCAACUGCACAGUUGCGUACAUGUCGCAGUGCAUGUCUUGCGACAAGUGUCGCGCCUCCUGUCGCUCCAUGGGUUCCAACAGCUUCAGAUGGUUCCAUGAUGGAUGCUGCGAGUGCGUCGGUGACAAGUGCCUCUACUACGGCAUCAAUGAGAGCAGAUGCCUCGCGUGUCCCGGUGGCAAGGAAAGCCCGGACGGUGCGAUAACUGAUGAUUUGUCGUACGACGACCUUGACUACGGGGAGGAAGUCGAUGCGCAGUCUGUAUAAAUUGUGAUUUUCACUACUUGAAACUAAGUUUCUUAUCACACUAGCGAUUUGAGAGCGGUCUUCCAACGAGUUUUGUUUACCUGGAAAUCAACUGUAGGGAAACUGUUAGUUGCAUGUGCGUAACGACGCAUAUUAUAAUGCACGCAAUGGGAAUAAGUUUGCAAGUAGCCAGUGUGGUAAUGACCUUAUGUCAACGUGCCUCAGUCAUAUACUAUGGAGCAAACUUUUUAUGUCAUUUUCAUUUUAGUUUAAGAGUAAGGGUGAGUGCACUUUGGAUGCGUUUUCGUACGAAUUUGACUCGUUCGAACACAUACACACUCCCACAGUCUGUCAAUUCGCACUUGGCCAGCGUGGUAGACUAUGACUCUGAGAGGAGACCCGUGCUUUGUACUGAGCCGGCGAUGGGUUGAUCAUGAUGAACACAUACAAACAAUUCCAACCGUCCAAGUACUAUGCGAGUGCGUAGACUCAGUGCGAUUUAGUAGUACGAGAUUAUCCGUGUGUCUGGGUUCGUACGAAUCAAUUCCAUACGAAAACGUAUCCAAAGUGUUGGCCUAAGUAUUGGAAGUCUUAACUGUGUUUUAAUAUCAAUUUACUC